ACCUCGUUCUGUACUUCAACUAUGGCCGCUGCUCGCAAGUCUGCGGACCACACUCUUUAUCAUCUUGCACCGAGGGGCUUUUGGAAGAAAUUCCGCGAUGCUGUCGUCGUAAGCCCAGAUAUCUCCAGUGGUUUGCCCAUUGCUGGAGUCCACAGAUGGCCACCACCGGGCUCACGGCCAGAGAGAUAUGCUACACCCGCGACGAAAGCAUCUGAUCCAGCUCAGAAUCCAUACUGGAAACGAGACGUUCGCAGGGCUUAUCCUCAGAUCUCUGUUGUCACUCAGGACGGACUUGCGUCCCUGCUAAUAGCACACGCAGAAGCACCUGCUGUUGCUCCGCCUGCUGAGGGUGACAAGGCUGGUGUCCCUGCGCCCAAGAAGGAGGCUGUUGACUUGACCGCCGCCAUUGCUACCAUUUCCUCAGCGAGAAAGGCUUAUUCAGAAUCCAACCUACCACCAAAGGUACCUACUCCUUUCAAGCGUUGGAUACCGGAGCGAGCCCCAGAUGCCCCUCACGAUCCCACUGCAUACUGGCCCAUGUUGCUUGUCAAAUAGCCUUGUAAUAGAACAACACUUUCCUCAGUCGUACUACUGAUAUAUUCACUAAUGUCUGAGUUCUCCUUGGCUGAUUACCGUGAAUAUUUCGUGACUGGAUAUCGAGUGAAGCUGUCUAUUCGUUACCGCAUACUGAGACACG